CUUCGACGCGAGCGUCGCACGGCAGCCGGCGCGCGGGAGGGCAGGCGCGCGGUAGCGGAGCCGGGUGCGUGUCGGGGCCGCUUUCGGGAGGGGAGGCGGAGACCGGCCUCGUUUUCGCCCCGCGGCGCCAUGGACACGGACUUGUACGACGAGUUCGGCAACUACAUCGGGCCCGAGCUCGACUCGGACGACGACGACGACGAGCUGGGCCGGGAGGCCAAGGACCUGGACGAGCUUGAUGAUGAUGACGAUGAUGACGAUAUGGGAGACCAUGAUGAAGAUCACCCUGGAAUGGAGGUGGUACUGCAUGAGGAUAAGAAAUACUAUCCCACUGCAGAAGAGGUCUAUGGGCCUGAGGUAGAGACUAUAGUGCAGGAAGAAGAUACACAGCCUCUCACUGAGCCAAUAAUUAAACCUGUGAAAACCAAGAAAUUCUCCCUGAUGGAGCAGACAUUACCUGUCACUGUAUAUGAGAUGGAUUUCUUAGCAGAUCUGAUGGACAACUCAGAGCUGAUUCGUAAUGUGACUCUGUGCGGACACCUCCACCAUGGCAAGACUUGUUUUGUGGAUUGCUUGAUAGAGCAGACGCACCCAGAAAUAAGGAAGCGCUAUGAUCAGGAUCUUUGCUACACUGAUAUACUGUUCACCGAGCAAGAGAGGGGUGUUGGAAUCAAGAGUACUCCAGUGACUAUCGUUUUACCAGACACCAAAGGGAAAUCUUUUCUCUUCAAUGUCAUGGAUACUCCUGGCCACGUGAACUUUUCUGAUGAAGUUACGGCUGGCCUUCGUAUUUCAGAUGGAGUUGUGCUUUUCAUUGAUGCAGCCGAAGGGGUUAUGUUGAAUACGGAGAGGCUGAUCAAGCAUGCAGUGCAGGAGAGGCUGGCAGUGACCGUGUGCAUUAAUAAGAUAGAUCGCCUUAUCCUGGAACUGAAGCUUCCCCCAACUGAUGCCUAUUACAAACUUCGACAUAUUGUGGAUGAAGUCAAUGGCUUGAUCAGCAUGUAUUCCACUGAUGAGAACCUCAUCCUCUCCCCUCUUCUGGGAAAUGUCUGCUUUUCUAGCUCCCAGUACAGCAUCUGUUUUACACUGGGAUCAUUUGCAAAGAUUUAUGCAGACACGUAUGGAGAUAUCAAUUACCAGGAGUUUGCAAAGCGGCUUUGGGGUGACAUCUACUUCAACCCCAAGACGCGAAAAUUCACUAAAAAAGCCCCAACCAGCAGUUCACAGCGCAGCUUUGUAGAGUUUGUCCUUGAGCCUCUGUACAAGAUCCUGGCUCAGGUGGUCGGUGAUGUAGACACCACACUCCCCAGGACUCUAGAUGAGCUAGGCAUUCAUCUGACCAAGGAGGAGCUGAAACUGAACAUUCGACCCCUGCUACGACUGGUCUGCAAAAAGUUCUUUGGGGAGUUCACAGGAUUUGUGGACAUGUGUGUACAGCACAUUCCCUCCCCAAAGGUGGGAGCCAAGACCAAAAUUGAGCACACCUACACUGGAGGCAUCGACUCGGACCUGGGAGAGGCCAUGAGCGAGUGUGACCCUGAUGGUCCAUUAAUGUGUCACACCACAAAAAUGUACAGCACGGAUGAUGGGGUGCAGUUCCAUGCCUUUGGCAGGGUGCUGAGUGGGACCAUCCAUGCAGGGCAGCCUGUCAAGGUCCUUGGAGAAAACUACACCCUGGAGGACGAGGAGGAUUCCCAGAUCUGCACUGUGGGGCGUCUCUGGAUCUCGGUUGCAAGGUACCACAUAGAGGUGAACCGGGUACCUGCUGGCAAUUGGGUGCUGAUUGAAGGAGUGGACCAGCCCAUUGUGAAGACUGCAACCAUCACGGAACCCAGAGGCAAUGAGGAGGCUCAGAUCUUUCGUCCUUUGAAGUUCAACACCACGUCUGUCAUCAAAAUAGCUGUGGAGCCAGUCAACCCUUCAGAGCUCCCUAAGAUGUUGGAUGGCCUGCGGAAAGUCAACAAAAGUUAUCCAUCACUCACCACCAAGGUGGAAGAAUCUGGAGAGCAUGUGAUCUUGGGUACAGGGGAGCUCUACUUGGACUGCGUGAUGCAUGAUUUACGGAAGAUGUACUCAGAGAUUGACAUCAAAGUUGCUGAUCCAGUUGUGACAUUUUGUGAGACCGUGGUGGAAACCUCCUCCCUGAAGUGUUUUGCGGAGACACCCAAUAAGAAGAACAAGAUCACCAUGAUUGCAGAGCCACUGGAGAAGGGGCUUGCUGAGGACAUUGAGAAUGAGGUGGUCCAGAUCACAUGGAACAGGAAAAAGCUAGGUGAGUUCUUCCAGACCAAAUAUGACUGGGAUCUGCUGGCUGCCCGCUCCAUCUGGGCCUUUGGACCUGAUGCUACUGGCCCAAACAUUUUGGUAGAUGACACGCUGCCAUCAGAGGUGGAUAAGUCGCUGCUGGGCUCUGUGAAGGACAGCAUCGUGCAGGGUUUCCAGUGGGGGACUAGGGAAGGGCCCCUCUGUGAUGAGUUGAUCCGCAAUGUGAAGUUUAAGAUUCUGGAUGCAGUGAUUGCUCAAGAGCCAUUACACCGGGGAGGUGGGCAGAUUAUCCCAACAGCCAGGAGAGUUGUAUACUCCGCCUUUCUUAUGGCCACCCCACGUCUGAUGGAGCCAUACUACUUUGUGGAGGUGCAGGCCCCUGCUGACUGCGUGUCUGCAGUCUACACUGUGCUGGCCAGGCGGAGAGGUCAUGUGACCCAGGAUGCUCCUAUCCCAGGUUCCCCUCUUUACACCAUCAAAGCCUUCAUCCCAGCUAUUGAUUCAUUUGGGUUUGAAACCGACUUGAGGACACACACGCAGGGACAGGCCUUCUCACUGUCUGUCUUCCACCACUGGCAGAUCGUGCCUGGAGAUCCCCUGGACAAGAGCAUCAUCAUUCGACCCCUAGAGCCCCAGCCAGCACCUCACCUAGCCAGAGAGUUCAUGAUCAAGACCAGGCGCAGGAAGGGCUUGAGCGAGGACGUCAGCAUCAGCAAGUUCUUCGACGAUCCCAUGUUGCUAGAGCUGGCCAAGCAGGAUGUUGUCCUGAACUACCCUAUGUGAAUAUGCUCAUCGGGCUCUCUGCAGCAGAGGCUAACCAGAGACUGCUCCAGUGUCCGCUGCCCAGGUUUCUGAGCCCCUCUCCUUAUCACAUGCUUCAGGGUAUCAUCUCUGUCCCUCUGAGCCCUGCUGCUCUUGGACUGUAGGUGGAAUGCAGCAAACUGCAUCCAUAGUCCCUCUGCCAAGGCCACGGGAAUAUCUUGGUCCUUGAGCUUCUAAGCUCUAUAUGUUUGGUGCCAGCUGGAACAGAGAUCUCUGUCCCUAAUCAAACAGAGCAUAUAUGCCUGCUGCCUUUGUCAGGAGUUUAUCUUUUUGUCACCAGCAGUCUGUCACUUCGGUUGCUACAGACAAGUGAAUCGUCUAGCUGCACUUGGCAGUUCCAGGCACAAAGGUGUUAUCCCCCACGUGUGCAUUCCUCCGUUGUCAGCAGCAGUUUUGAAUACAAUGUUAAGGUUACUGGGGACAUGUUUGAAAGUCCUGCCCUGCUGUCCAACAGUUCUGCUAAAGCCAGGAGCUGCCCCAAGUUCCUGAAGCCAGGGUCAUCUCAUACGCUUCACUUGCUGGACAGAGCAUCUCCUGUGGCUGCCAAAGAAAGGCAGACAUUCCUUUUCUGGGUGGGGGCUUCCUAGUGACCUCCCCACUGCUGGCAGCAGGAGACUGGACCUGCUGGCAAUCUUGCUUUUUUAAUUCUAUUUUGUACACGUUUAUUUUGUUACCCUUGUGACAGUUGAAUACAAACCCCUCACCUGGG